GCGUGACCCCGCACGCAGAGAGUACACCUCCCCCUCCUCCGCUCGGCGGCCGGGCUGUGUCUGUUCCCUGAGCCGGGAGGAAGGCGCAGCGGCAUGGAGAGGCGGCGGUUGUCCUUCGCGUUCCUGCUCCUGGGGCUCCUCGCCCUGUAUUCCGCCUCUGCGGACCACCCGGGGAAGAAGCUGAAGAUGCAGUUCUCGACGGGGCCGCUGCUGAAGUUUCAGAUCUGCGUCUCCUGAGGGUACCGGCGGGUGUUUGAGGAGUAUACGCGGGUGCUGAACCAGCGGUACCCAGACAUCCGCAUCGAGGGAGAGAACUACCUUCCCCUGCCCGUUUACCGGCAUAUUGCUUCCUUCCUUUCUGUCUUCAAACUAGCUGUGAUCGGCCUGAUAAUACUUGGCAAGGAUCCGUUUGCUGUCUUUGGUAUGCAGGCUCCUGGUCUGUGGCAGUGGGGCCAGGCGAACAAGAUCUAUGCUUGUAUGAUGGUCUUCUUCCUCAGUAACAUGGUUGAGAAUCAGUGCAUGUCCACAGGGGCAUUUGAAAUCACGUUGAACGAUGUUCCAGUGUGGUCUAAGCUGGAAUCAGGCCAUCUCCCAUCGAUGCAGCAGCUCGUCCAGAUCCUGGAGAACGAGAUGAAGCUGAACGCCCGCAUGGAUUCACUGCCACAUCACCGGUCAUAGCCUGGUCUGCUAACGGCGAAGAGCCCUCCUGUAGGUUUCUGGUUUUAAAUGGCUCUCUCCACGGGCAGUGAGCUGAUGUCUAUGAAGGACUGCAUUGAAGGCAGAUUUCUGCAAGUGCAGGCUGGAAGCUCUUAUCAGUCUUGCUGAACCUCUGGGAGUGCUCCUUUGAAACGGGUGACCUUGAGCAUUGGGGAUGUUCAUUUUUAUUGCAGCACGUUCAUCAGGGUGCAAUAAAAUGUAUAGUUUCAA